AGAAUUGCGACAAUAAUAAAACCGACCCCGUUGGGCCCGGUCGCGCGCGCCACGGCCCUGCCGCCCAUGGCAUCCGACAAAGGCCCCGUCGCAACCGAGGCUGCCUUUGCGACUCCUCCUGCGACCCAGGCCGCCGCCGCCGCCGCCAUCAACGCUGCAGAGCUGUUUGCUUCGGAGUCGGGGAGAUCUGGUUCGCUCAAGAGGGCCCGCGAGGCAACCCCCACAUCGCCAGCCUCAGUAGCCGCCACGCUUCCCAGUUCCGACCUGUCGCCUUCCAAAAUACAGCGACUCGGCUUCGCAGCUAGACACUCCCCAGGGCCUUUGACUGGCGCCCUCGCUGUAGAAGAAGAGAGGUUGCGCAGGGAAGAGGAGGCUAGACACGCCGACGCUGUCAGCGACAACCCCAGCCGGCGCGUUUUGGACACCCUGAGAUCCGCCACGAUGGAGAUGAGUCGAGUACAAGACGCCCCAGAGGCACCAGCUGCGACAGCUGGUCAGGACGCGCCGGCUGAUGCUAGCCAUCAGGUCACCAUUCCCGCCUUGAGCCCACACAAACCCGAUGUACCGGUCGAUACGAGCCCUCAACCUCACAGCACAAACCACAAUCCAAAUGAGGGCGGCACGCACCUUGUCGUCGACAGUCCUGCACCCAUGGAUGUUGACCAACGCAACGAGCAGCAGACUGGUGGCUUUGUUGCGCAAUCAGAUGAGCAAGCCCCGGAGAAGCACACCGCAUACUCAUACCCAGGCAUCCAAUCUCCAAGCGCUGCCAUGGCCGCUCCGCCGCCACCUCCGCGCGGUAUGAGUCUUCCAAUGAACACGUCACAACAUACGGACAUUGCCCCGAGGUCACCGUCCUCGAAGAAGCACAAGUGUCCCUAUUGCAACACGGAAUUCACGAGGCAUCAUAACCUCAAGAGCCAUCUGCUCACUCAUAGCCAAGAGAAGCCAUAUAUGUGCGAUACAUGCCAGAUGCGCUUCCGCCGGCUGCACGAUCUAAAACGACACAGCAAACUCCACACCGGAGAAAAGCCACACGUAUGUCCUAACUGUGAUCGCAGUUUUGCGCGAGGUGAUGCUUUAGCACGCCAUGCCAAGGGAGUUGGUGGCUGCGCCAGCCGUAGGGCCAGCAUGGGCAGCUUUGGCGCCGGCGACGGGGUCGAUGAAUCGGUAGUACAUGGAGGUGAUGAAAGUAUGAUGUCGGGCGUUAUGUACGAGGCGAACGAUACAGCAAUGACGGAAGAGGACCGCAGGCGGCUCAGCAUGACAAGCGCCAUCAAGCCCGCGCACGCAGCUGCGGGUCACACAUCGGAUAAUUUCAGCCAUCAGGGUCGCCCCCUGGCGAGACAAGGCACUGCUGGAGCUGGAGUUGCGGCUGCUGCCGGUGGCCCAAUCAACCAUCAGUCUGGGGCUCACUCGCGGGCCCCAAGCGGUCCGAGCCAUGUACCAGGCAGUGGGAGUGGCGAGAGCUCAAAUAACCUUUUCAGUACGGCCGAUAAUACCACCAUAUGGUCAUACAUACAGUCGGUCGACAGCAAGUGGGAAGCAGCUUUCAAGCAGAUGCAGGAUCGUAUGGUGGUCCUCGAGGCUGCCAAAGCAGGCUCAGACGCCCAGGCUAUCUUUUUGGAGAACAAAUUUGCUCGGAUGGAAGGCAAGAAUGCACAGCUCGAGAAUCAGGUUGCGCAACUUGUUGAGGAGGUCAAUAGUCUGCGCCAGCGGUUGGCAAUGCCGCAGCAGCUUGCCGAUGAACUGAACGCAUUACGGCCGCAUCUUUCGAUAUCAAGGGAUGAACACGCCCCUGAGGCGAGCCAACAGCAACAUCACGAGGUAGACCAAGAACAGCAGCAUCUCGAGGCAAUUCAGCAGCAGCAGCAGCAGCAGCAGCAGCAGCAGCAGCCGCCGCCCGAAGCACAAAUCCCCGCCCAGCCUCAAUCUGUAGAUGAGAUGGACUUGGCUGCCCUCAAGGAGUAG